AGAGGAGAGGCACUGAAGGGCUAAGCUCAGCCUUGGCAAAAGCGGGAGGCGGGAGCAGGAGUCCGCCUGACCUCUGCAAUGGGGUCCGGACGAUAGGAAACAUAGGCAACGCAUUCCCGAGCCCCCAGGGACCUCUUCAGCUUCAGUCCUCUCCCAUCACCUGGCACUUAUAGAGGAGCCGAUGUUAGGGACCAGUAAGAGGAGUCUGCUCCUCUCCAUAGACACGCAAUGAUGUGGGGACAAAGUUUUUAGCCACAGAUGACCUGGAAUGCUGCUUCACCAGCCAAAGGCCCCCCACUGGGAUUUCAACAAUCUGCAGAAGACGGUAGACUUUUGUAUGUUCCUUUGAAAAGCCAAGGAAAAAGGAAGAGACAAUGUCCCUGACUAUUUGACCGGACCACAAGCCCACCCUGAAGAUGUGUUCUACAAACCCAGGCAGCUGGGUCACCUUCGAUGAUGACCCCGCUUUUCAGUCUUCUCAGGCGAAGGCGAAGGAUUUCCCUCUGGAGACCCAAGGUGUUUGCAGACCAAACGGACUGAAGCUGAGCCUGCCCGGCCUCAGGGACCUCCCGAGCGCUUCCUCCUCCACUAGCAGCACCCCGCUAUCCUCUCCCAUGGUCGACUUUUACUUCAGCCCGGGACCCCCAAGCAACUCUCCUCUCUCUACACCCACCAAAGACUUCCCGGGGUUCCCUGGCAUCCCUAAAGCAGGGACUCACGUGCUUUAUCCUAUUCCAGAAUGUUCUUCAAGCAGCCCCCCCUCAACAGCGGGUCCUCCGUUAUCGCUUACGAAGCCACCCUGCUUACCCCAUGCGUCAUUACCCAGUGACCACUCAUGCACCCCACUGACCCCCAAAGCUGGUCUUGAAGAUGACGCCAGCCCUCAGCGGGCCCUCAGCGAGGCUCUGCAGUUCGAGUAUUUUCGAGAGGACUGUUCUUUCUCCAACCCAUUUUGGAAGGAUGAAGGUAGUAGUUCUCAGCUCUCCUUUGACUCCCCGGCAAGCAGAAAGCCGUUCUCAUCGAGGGACAAGGAAGUACCCAUUGAUCAAAAAAGCCUAAACCAGUGCUCACUUAGCUACAUCUGUGAGAGGCUUGAACACCUGCAGUCAGCUGAGACCCAAGACCCUCUUGGAAACGCGUCUAUGCAGAGUCCGUAUGCUGGAGACACAGCCUCUUCUUUUGUCCCCCACACGCUCUUCCGGAGUCAGCCCAAAGCUGGGUGGUCCUUCAUGCUGAGGAUUCCCGAGAAGAAGAACAUGAUGUCUUCCAGGCAGUGGGGACCCAUUUUCCUGAAGGUUCUGCCAGGAGGGAUUCUGCAGAUGUAUUAUGAGAAGGGGCUGGAAAAACCGUUCAAAGAGUUCCAGCUCGAUCCACAUUGCAGACUUUCUGAACCCAAACUGGAGAACUUCAGCAUGGCGGGGAAAAUCCACACUGUGAAGGUGGAGCAUGUGUCUUACUCAGAGAAAAGGAAGUACCAUUCCAAGACGGAGGUGGUUCACGAGCCUGACAUAGAACAGAUGCUAAAGUUGGGGUCCACGGAGCACGGUGACUUCUUGGAGUUCCUGACCACUGUGGAGGAGGAGCUGAUAAAGCUGCCCGCUGUUGCAAAACCAAGGAAGAAUUACGAGGAACAAGAAAUUUACCUGGACAUCGUGGACAACUUUUGGGGUAAAGUAACCAAAGAAGAUGGGAAAUUGGUUGAAAGUGCCGUGAUAACUCAAAUCUGCUGCCUCUGCUUUGUGAAUGGGACGGCGGAAUGUUUUUUAACCUUGAAUGACCUUGAACUCCAGAAACGAGAUCAAUGCUAUUUUGAGAAAGAACCAGAAAAAAGGGGGAUUGAUAUUCUUAACUACCAUUUCCAUACAUGUGUGAAAGCUGAGGAAUUUGAACAGUCCAGAAUCAUUAAGUUCAUACCUCUGGAUGCUUGCCGGUUUGAGCUGAUGCGUUUCAAAACCUCGUAUGAAGGGGGUGAGCUUCCCUUUUCUGUGAAGUCCAUAGUGGCUGUCCAGGGGGCAUAUGUGGAACUUCAGGCCUUUGUCAACAUGACCCCGGGGGCUCAGAAGUCACCCUCUGCCAGUUCCUCAAGGUGCUGUGACAAUAUCAUGAUUCACUUUCCUGUCCCAGCCCAAUGGAUCAAGGCCCUCUGGACCAGGAACCUUCAGAGGCAGAAGUCUCUGAAAGCCAAAAUGAACCGUCGGGCAUGUCUGGGGAGUUUACAGGAACCUGAAUCCGAACCUGUCAUUCAGGUCACCGUGGGGUCAGCGAAAUACGAGAGUGCCUACCGGGCUGUGGUGUGGAAGAUAGAUCGACUUCCAGACAAAAACUCAAGUCCCGAUCAGCCUCAUAGUCUGUCAUACAAACUUGAACUUGGAUCAGACCAGGAGAUUCCCUCAGAUUGGUAUCCAUUUGCUACUGUCCAGUUUUCAAUGCCUGAAACCUCUGCCUCGGGGACGGAGGUGAGGUCUCUAGGAGUAGAGAGUGACGUGCAGCCUCAGAAACACACGUCUCAGCGGGCUUGCUACAACAUCCAGGUUGAAAUAGAAAAGAAGUGGAUCCAGAUAGAUGGAGAAGACCCAGAUAAAGCCGGUGGCUGUGUGACUCAGUAGAUGAUGAUGCCCCUCUGGUCAACCCACAGCUGGCGCAGGAAGUUCUGGUACAGUAUGGUGGGGACUGAGUUCUGAGUAGCAGCCUUAGGCCAGAGAUGCAGUGGUGAGUCUGGAGAAGCGUAUGCUCCAAAGCAGGCCGUCUGCAUGUUACCCCCUGAUAUACUUCUGCUCUGGGGAUAUGAGUGGGAAUGUGUCCGUGACUUGUGCAUCUUGUUGAAAGGCAGAGGUGCUGUUAAUUGGCGCGAGACCUGCUGGCCAGUUUGCCUGAAGAGUAUGUGGGUUUGGAUUACCCAGUGACUGCGUUUUGUCAUCUGGGUUGUGUGAUUCCCCAUCUCUUCUUGCUU